AGAGACUAUCUUUAUCAGCUUCAAGAAUUUGUAGUGACUGAUAACAGCAGGAAUUGGAGGUUUCGAUAUGAACUAGCAGAACAACUGAUACUGAUUCUGGAACUCUAUAGUCCCAAUGAUGUUUAUGAUUACCUAAUGCACAUUGCCUUAAAGUUGUGUGCAGAUCAAGUUUCUGAAGUUCGGUGGAUCUCCUUCAAACUAGUCGUGGCAAUUCUGCAGAAGUUCUAUUCCAACAGUGAAAGUGCAUUGGGGUUAAAUUUCAUCAGUGAACUCAUCGUAAGGUUCCGGCACUGUUCUAAGUGGGUUGGAAGGCAAGCUUUCGCUUUCAUUUGUCAGGCAGUGGUGAGCAAGGAGUGUGUCCCCGUGGACCAGUUCGUGGAGCACCUGCUUCCCAGCCUCCUGAGCCUCGUGUCAGAUCCUGUGCCCAACGUGAGGGUUCUGCUAGCCAAGGCCCUACGGCAGAUGCUGUUGGAAAAGGCAUAUUUUAGAAAUGCCAGUAACCCUCAUCUUGAAGUCAUUGAAGAGACCAUCUUAGCAUUGCAGUCAGACCGGGACCAAGAUGUUUCCUUUUUUGCAGCCCUAGAACCAAAGCGGCGGAAUAUCAUAGACACUGCUGUACUAGAAAAACAGAAUUAACUGCUCCGUGAUGAGUUGCAAUCUGAUUAUUUCAUGCUUGGCACAUAUGGCUUACCAUAACUUGAAGGGGAACUGAUUGUAUUAUACCAGCUGGGGGAAAUUUUGGAACUUUUCAUACUGUGC